AUGCCCUUGUUCAGAAAGAAAUCAGACAAGAAACAACUCCCGACAAAAUCCUAUGGGUCAACGCUGUCACUAACGUCUAACUCUACGGCGCUACGGCAACUAUCAGAAGAGUCUGCUAGCGACGACGAUGACGAUGAUGACAACGACGAUUAUGACAUGUCAUCCACAUACACUCGUACUUCAUACUUCAGCGAGUACACUACGGAUACUUCAGACUACCACACUCAUCCAGUGAGAGCAAGCAAAUGUAAUGGGACGUCUAUGGGAUAUUUAACUGCCCUAAUGUACUACUGUGGACUAGAAGCCGGUGGUGGCAACUCUACCACUGAUCCAACUACAACGACAGUGGUAACGCCUCAAUCAGAUCCUUCAUGGGAUAACGUUAGAGAACUGCAACGAGUUAUGACAGUGAUAUCCCCUGCAAAUCUAAAGCUCAUCCCACGGUUGGGCCCUAACACCCACCAUGAUACAUCAGUGAAGAACUUGCUGAUAAUCAACUUGCCACAGGUUGAAUUUAUCAAAAACCUUCUGCCUAUAUUGAAGAACAUAUUGCACAAGAAGAAGGUUCCUCUGCUGCUUCUAAAUGACUCUACAAGAUCACUUUAUCUGAGAUAUGGAGUGUUUGACCUGAAGUUGGGGAAAGGAUCUUAUGGGUUGAUUCGACUUGUGCGCCCAUGUAACAAUAAUAAUUCUACCACAAUUAAUACCAAACGUCGUCGUAAGUUGUAUGUGGUCAAGGAGUUCAUUCCUCGAAAGGAUAUAUCAAUAGAUAGCUUUGUGGAUAAGAUCAUCUCUGAGUUUAUCAUUGGAAAAAGCAUGAACUACAAGCAUGUGAACAGAUGUGUUGAUUUGAUGAUCUGUGUUGACAAUUUCAAGAUAAUGCUGGUUAUGGAUUGUACUAAAGGUGGUGAUUUAUUCUCCUACAUCAAAUCAUUCAAACAAAACGACAGCGAUAACUCCAUGCUGGCGGUGGUCCAGACGAACGCUAGUUGUCUUACUUUGGCUCAAGUAUGUUGUUUCAUCAAGCAAAUCGCCAAAGGGUUACUGUACAUGCAUGAUUUUGGAGUAGCCCAUUGUGAUAUCAAAUUGGAGAACAUCUUACUUGAUUACGUUAACACCGAUCAAGGUGAUGAAGACUGCAACCACCCCUGUAAUAGUAGCAGUAAGAAUAACCAAGGCAGUAUUAUGUUGAAAUUGUCUGAUUUUGGCAAGUCAAGCGUGGUACGGACUUUUAUGGACAGUGAUGAACAAUUAUACUCUGGUCCUCCACAAGGAUCUGAACAUUUCAUGGCUCCAGAGGAGUUUAAACCAGGAUUAGCCUACACAUUAACAAGCAAGGAUUGUUGGGCCAUGGGGAUUCUUAUAGCGUUGUUCUUCCGUAUACUAAAGAAGUUCAAGACUGGCAGUGUUGGAGUUGAGGCGUAUAUGUGGUCUUCUGUCGACGGGAAGGGGAAGAAUAAAGAUAACAAUAAAUAUCGAGAUCGUCGUUUCCAAAAAUAUAUGGAGACUAGACAGAUUGCCAACUAUGACGAUGAGACCAAGGAGUGGCUCAUUCAAAGACCAGGGACAUUCAAACCAAUAGAGAAUCUAUUUGAUUAUACCACUACGUUAUUAAAUGAUGAAGGCGAUGAAGAGGAUGAAGACGAGGACGAUAACAGUACCGACAAAAUAAAAAAAUCGAAUCGCAAGAAUAGUCACGUGCGCGAUUCCUCAGACGAAAGCAGUUUGUUACGCAAAUGGAUCAUCUAUAAAUUACUAGAUCCAAAUCCUGAUACAAGAAUGACUAUGGCAGAAUUAUUAGACACUGAUUGGAUGGUUGAUGUUGAAUGUUGUGUAUGA